AUGUCUCCUGCGAAACCGGACGAGUCCAACUCGAUUGCUCCACUUGAAGAGAGCCUCCACUUCAUGCUCUCGGACGACGAGGAGCAACGGUACUGGAAGACGCGGUCCAUCUACAGGGUCCCUGCCCGCAUCACCGCCCUCAACUGCCAGGCCUACAGGCCGCAAGUUGUCUCCUUCGGCCCCUACCACCACGGUGAGGACCACCUCCUUCCCAUGGAGGAACACAAGUGCCGCGUGGUCCGCCACUUCCUCAGGCGGUCCGGGAAGUGCCGUGAGCACUUCUUCGAGUCCCUGAGGGAGGUGGCGUGGGACCUCGAGGAGAGCUACAACGCGCUGGACCUGAAGUGGAAGGCAGGCAACGGCGAGGGCGCGGCACCCCUGUUCCUAGAGCUGAUGGUAACUGACGGCUGCUUCAUGCUUGAGAUCCUGAGGUUCGCAGCCGACGAGGUGCACGACUACGCACCCAACGACCCUAUCUUCAGCAAACAUGGGGAGCUCUACAUAAUGCCAGACAUUCGGCAUGAUAUGCUGAUGCUGGAGAAUCAGCUUCCGAUGCUAGUGCUGGAUCGGCUGGUAGCUGUCGAGAGCCAUGGUGAGAAGGACGACGAAUCUGUCAACAGGCUCAUUUUCAAAAGCUGGUUCCACGGCAAGGACAUCACAGGGAUGGGCAAAUGCCUGCACGUCCUGGACGUCUACAGGAAGCACAAGCUGAAGGAGCCCAAGAAGAAGGACAACGUGGAGAGGAAGUACAGUGAGGAGAUUAUCCGGUCGCGCCUGCACGUCCUGGACGUCUUCAGGAAGCACAUGCGGAAGAAGCCCAAGGACAACGUGGAGAUGAAGGACGGUAUGAAGCUUAUCCGGUCGGCCUCGGCCACUGAGCUCAGCGAGCAUGGGAUCCAGUUCAAGAAUAGCAAGACCCGGAGCCUCAAUGACAUCUCCUUUGAGGGCGGUGUCCUGAGGCUCCCCACGAUCGUAGUGGGUGACAAAAUCGAGUCCGUCUUCCUCAACCUCAUGGCGUUUGAGCGCUUCCAUGUUGGGGCCGGGAACGAGGUCACUUCCUACAUCUGCUUCAUGGACUACAUCAUCGACAAAGGGCAGGACGUUGCACUGCUCCGCGCCCAGGGUAUCCUCCAGAAUGACCUGGAGAGCGAUGAGGCAGUAGCCAAGCUGUUCAACUUGCUGGCCAAGGGUGCAACUAUGGACUCCGACAGCAGCAUCAAUGGCGUGCUUACCAAGGUCGAACAGUACUAUAGUAACCGCUGGAACAUGUGGAGGGUUAAUUUCUUCCACACCUACUUCAGGAAUCCUUGGGUUACAUUGUCUCUCAUCGCUGCCGUCUUCCUCUUUGCGCUCACCAUAAUUCAGACUGUAUAUUCCAUGCUCGGCUACCACAAAUGA